AUGCCCAUGCCCAUGUCUGUGGCAAAAGUGGUGUACUCUCACGCAGGUCUGUGCCCGAAUGACCUGAACCCCAACCUGUGGGUGGAUGCUAUGAGCACCUGCAUGCGCGAGUGCGAAACUGACCAGGACUGUGAGACAUUUGAGAAGUGCUGCCCUAAUGUAUGUGGUAACAAGAGCUGUGUGGCAUCACGCUAUAUAGACGUCAAGGGCAACAAGGGCCCCAUUGGAAUGCCAGAGGGCGCCACCUGCGACAAGUUCAUGUGCUCGCAGCAAGGGUCUGAGUGCGACAUCUGGGAUGGCCAGCCUGUUUGUAAGUGCCGGGACCGCUGUGAGAGAGAACCCCACUUCACGUGUGCGUCUGACGGCAUGACAUACUAUAACAAGUGCUACAUGGAUGCCGAGGCCUGUUCCAAGGGUAUCUCUAUUUCUGAGGUCACCUGCAGGUACCACCUGACCUGGCCAAACACCAGUCCAAUCCCAGCAGAGACAACAUUACAUCCUACCACCGCCCUCCAGACCACCCUCCCAGCUGACAUCCAGCUCCCCACCAUACACAGCGGCCCCACCCAACUGGCUGUUUUUGUGGGUGAGACAGCUAGCUUCCUGUGCGAUGUCUCUGGGAAACCACACCCGGAAAUCACCUGGGAGAAACAACUGAAGGGCAAAGACAACACCAUAAUGAGACCUAAUCAUGUCCGAGGCAACGUUGUGGUCACUAACAUUGGCCAGCUGGUCAUAUACAAUGCGCAACUUCAGGAUGCCGGCAUCUAUACGUGUACAGCCAAAAACGUUGGGGGAAGUGUAUCGUCACACUUUCCCUUGGUAGUGAUCAGGAAGGAGGCGAAAGGUAAGAAUGCAGAGGGGAAUAGUACCAGCCUGCCGUUUUCAGCUGAAGAGUGUCUUAAAAGUCCAGACACAGACGACUGUGGAGAAGAGAGCAUGAGCUGGUACUAUGAACCAAAGAGGAACAAUUGCUUCACCUUCACCUACAGUCAGUGCAAUAAAAACCGUAACCAUUUCGACACCUAUGAAGCCUGCAUGCUGUCAUGCGGAGGAGAGCUGGCGGCUCCGUGCAGCCUACCGAGCCUCCAAGGGCCUUGCAAAGCAUAUGAGCCUCGCUGGGCUUACAGCAGCGGCCUCAAAAAGUGCCAGUCCUUUGUGUACGGAGGGUGCGGUGGCAACGAGAACAACUUUGAGUCUAAAGAGUCCUGUGAAGAGAUGUGUCCCUUUCUGAAAAACCACAACUGCAAGAUAUGUAAACCCCGAGCCAAGAUGGUCACCAGCUUCUGCAAAAGUGACUUUGUGAUCCUCGGGCGUGUGACCGAGCUGACGGAGGAGCAAGAGUCUGGCCACGCUUUGGUGACAGUAGAAGAGAUCUUGAAGGACGAGAAGAUGGGUCUGAGGUUUUUUGGCAAAGAGCCCCUGGAGGUGACUCUUCUGAACAUGGACUGGAACUGCCCGUGCCCCAAUAUCACUACAGCCGACGGGCAGCUCAUCAUCAUGGGGGAUGUUCAAAAUGGCAUGGCCGUCCUGCAGCCCGACAGCUUCGUAGGCUCCUCCAGCACUCGUAGAAUCAGGAAGCUUCGCGAGGUUAUUCACAAGAAAACCUGUGAUUUCCUUAAAGAUUUCUCUGCCGUCCAGUAG